UCUUACCCAGGCACAUCCUACUGUUUAUGUUUUGAUAGUGUCUGUUAUCAGCACCAGUUUGUCGUCUAUCGCAAAAAAAAAUGGAGAGUCUAAAAGCAAAAGCAAGGAAUAGAUCGAAAUUUGUCGCAGAACUACACCGAAAGAGCCACUUUUCAAUCCCAGAAGUUGAACGUUUACUAAAAAUGCAUGAGAAAAUAUCUUCAGAUUCUCAUGGAAAAUCGGACAUAACAAAAAUGGAAAGACAAAGAUUUACAGAUGUUCUUUAUGCAGAAUUUAGAAUGACAGACGAUGUCUUGAUAGAUCGAAUUUUUCGAGCUUUUGAUGUUGAUGCUGAUAGCUAUAUUAGUGCAGAAGAAUGGGUUCUUGGUCUCUCCAUAUUUCUGAGGGGUUCUGUAGAGGAGCAGAUUAAAUACACAUUCAAAGUGUAUGAUCAGAAUGCAGACGGCUUCAUAUCAAGAGAAGAAAUGUUCCAGUUUCUCAAGAACUCCUUAGUACAUAUACAAAUAGAAGAGGAUCCCGAUGAAGGAAUUAAAGAUAUGAUAGAAAUUAUCCUGAAAAAAGCGGAUCAUGACCAUGACUCAAAGCUUUCAAUGAAGGACUUUGAAGAAACUCUCCUAGAUGAAACUUUGAUGCUUGAGCUGUUAGGGCCAUGCCUACCAUCACGAGAGGCCAAGGCAAGGUUUCUCUCCUCAAUUGCAUGCGACAGGAAAUAGAAUGAUUUCUGAUUACGACCAGCAGAAGUAAAAUGAAGAAUAUCAAGAUUGGAACAAAACUGUGGUACAAAUCGUUAAAACAUCACAUUGAAAACACAUUCAAACAAAGCAUUAUUCGCCCAGGUCAUUUCAGGGUGAAUUCUUAUUUGUAGUGCGUUAAUGUGAACAAAAGCUGGGAUAUAUAACUUUACAUUUUAAGAAUUGAUAGGAUGUUUUGUAAAGCUUAUGAUUUACUAAAUUAAAUGAAUUUUAACUACAAACUGUUUGGAAUAAGAUAUGCAUUUACAAUCAAUUAUUUUAAAUACCAGCUGUCAAAGUAUUGAAUUUUUUAAAUUUAAUUAACAGUUGUCAAACUAAUAUUGAUAUAUCAAUUAAUAAUUUUAGAAGGACUUGUUUUUCAAAUGAAUAUUUAAAUUUUCAUUUUUCUACAACAUUAUCAAUUUAGAUUUACUUGGGACAAUCAGUUGAUAGGAUGAAUGCAUGUUGGUACAGGUUAUUUAUGUUGAAUGAAUUCAAAAAUUACAGAGUGUACCAUGUGUUACUAUAUACAUGUAUAUCAAAUUUUGAGCCAUGGAAAUUCUUGACAAUUUUUUAGCAUAAAAAUCAUUCCUAUAAAAUUAUGACAUAUUGCCAUUAUAAGUUUAUAAAACUGUGCACUGACAACUGUCAAACAAGAUAUUUAAGAGUGUAACAAUUCAAGUACAUGUAGUAAGAAUUUACUUUUUCAUGAAUGUCUGUGUUUUCAAUAUUGUUUUGCAGAAAUUAAGGCAUUAAUUAUAUAAUGUCCCAACACUGUUAUAUAUCUCCAACGAAAUUUUUUUAAAUUAGUUUGUUAUUUCCUAUACUUAGAGUUGCAUGCCCAUAUACAUGUUCUGUGAAAGAAAUACAAAUCUUGUAGUUUUCUUCAUCAUAAUUUUGUUUGUGGUAUUUGAGAUAAACAUUUUCCAGUGUUUUUGGUGAUAUGAUAUUUUAACAAACUUAAAAACAAAAUUAAAAAAAACAACAAAAAAUUGGUAGGACUAUUUCUAUCAGUUAUUUUCCAAUAUUAAACACUAGUUAACAAGAUCAACCUCAAAAGUCAUUAGUUUAACUUGUAUCUGCAUUUUUUUUACAAAAUUAUGAGAAUAAUAAUGUGCUUAAAGAAAGCUAAAUAGUGUAUCAAGAUUUGUACAUGUAUAUAAACCCCUAACGUAGCAGGGCUAAUCCUCAAAUAUGGGCUGUGAACAAAUGAGUGGUAGGCUUAUUCCCAAGCAUUGAUUUAUAAAUACCCUGUAAAAUACAGUAGAAACAUUGUCUGCUAUGUAUAUAUAUAGAUACAUGUCUUAUUAAGUAUAUUUAACAGACAUUUGCUGUAUUUUUAUGCAAAAGUUAUUGAGUUGGAGUUUUUGCAACAUUUUUAAUCAAAUGCAUAAUACAUGUUUUAAAUCAACUACUGAAACUGUCUGUUCAUGUUAUCACACUCGGCCCAAAGCUUCUAGUAGAGCAACAUUGUGUCAGCAUAAUAGUUAGAAGUUUCGAUGUGGUAAUUUUGUGAGUGCCAAUUGUUUGCAGAUUUAAUUCUAGAUAUCAUGUCUUUUACAUAAGCAUGAAUUUUUUGAAUAUUUUGAUAUAUUUUUAUUUGAAGUUUUUAAGAGUUUUCCCGAAAUGUCAGUAUUUGGAAGAUAGCUUAUUGCUUAUUUUAAAAUAGGUAUUUAAAUUUUGUGACUUAUUGCUUAUUUUAUAAUAGGAAUUUAAAGUUUCAGACAUAUUGCUUAUUUUAUAAUAUGUAUUUAAGUGUGAGACUAAUUGCUUAUUUUAUAAUAUGUAUUUAAAGCUUCAGACUUAUUGCUUAUUUUAUAAUAGGUAUUUAAAGUUUGAGACUAAUUGCUUAUUUUAUAAUAGGUAUUUAAAGUUUCAGACUUAUUGCUUAUUUUAGAAUAUGUAUUUAAAGUUUGAGACUUAUUGCUUAUUUUAUAAUAUGUAUUUAAAGUUUGAGACUUACUGCUUAUUUUAUAAUAUGUAUUUAAAGUUUCAGACUUAUUGCUUAUUUUAUAAUAGGUAUUUAGUUUCAGACUUAUUGCUUAUUUUAUAAUAGGUAUUUAAAGUUUCAGACUUAUUGCUUAUUUUAUAAUAUGUAUUUAAAGUUUGAGACUUAUUGCUUAUUUUAUAAUAGGUAUUUAAAGUUUCAGACUUAUUGCUUAUUUUAUAAUAGAUAUUUUAAGUUUGAGACUUUGUACAUCUAGCCCAGUGGUCAACAUAUUUACAUGUAUAUCAACAACAUUCUUUAAAAUAGGCCCUGGACUAAGGGCUUUAUGUUUGUUUUGCAAAUAGAAAAAAUAUCGUCUGAUAAUACAUUAUGUUGAUGUAUUUUUAUUUCCUUCUUGGAAAAAGAUAUUUAUAUAUCAUCUGUAUGAUUUUAAAAGAAUAACAAGGAAUUUUCACAUCAAACAAAUUUCACUAUUUUUUUGUUGUUGAGAGGUUGAAUUGGUUUAAAUACCUUAUACCAGUUUUAUAGGAUUAUAAGUACAAGGAUUGUGAAAUACACACAUUUUAUUCCCUGAAAAGAAUGAAAAAAGAUAUAAAAUAAGAUUUAAAAAUUAUCAUAAAAUGGACAAGCCAUUAAAUUUUUGGAAAUAAUACUGACUUUUUGAUAAAAUUGCCUUACAGUUUAUAUUUCCAUUAUGUUUUCAGCUGUUCUCCAUUACAAAUUUAAUUUCACAACAAGUUAAUGUAGCAGCUUUAACAAGACAUGUUUGAUAUGCUUUUUUUUAUUCUUUUUAUUAGUUUUUGUAACACUAAGUUACUGUUGUUGUAUUAUUAAAACAUUGACCUACUAGGUAUGCAUUGAAUAUCAUAAAACAAAUCAUUUGAUGACAGCUUAUUUUUAUCAAUGAUUUUCAUUAAAUAACAUGUUUCAAGGUAACUUUUGUACUUAGACAAUGAUUACACAUUAAAUUGUGAAAUAUGUUUUAAUGAAUGAAGGAUUGAAAUAUUUUUUCAAGUUGGAUACUUUGCAAAAAUCCUUAAGAAUAUUUUAAUUAUUCAAAUUAAGAUUGUUGUUUUUCAAUUGGUUGCAUAAUAGCGUAUACAUGAACCUGAAGUUGCACAGUUUGUGAAAUAUUUUCUGAAAAGUUUUUCGUGCAUUUUUCUUCUUUUUUUUUUCUUGCUAUUUUUGUGAUUGAUAAGUCAUAUUCUAUUUUUAAUGAAUGUUUUUCCAAUAGAAUUUGAAUAUUUAACAGAAUGUUUCAUAUCCAUACAUUAUGGAAAUUACCUCAUAGACCAUUUUAUACUAGUCUUGUAUCCGAGUAACACUUCACAAAAGAAGCAUAAUCUAUCUCAAAAUAACAUCUUUAGAACUGUUUUUUUUAUUAAUUUAUGUCCUCAACCGUUUUAUUUUUGUAAAACCAUAAAAUUAUAAGCACAAAGAAAAAAAAACGGUGUCCUUAGCUCUAAUAUUAUUCAAACAUUUUUGUUAUUUUUUUUCUGUUUUAAACUGUUAACAAAUGAAAUGUUGUGUGUUGAAAAAUGAAUAUUUUGAUAAUAAAAUUAUUUAUUUUUAAGAAAUAUAUUUGUUUAAAUGUGUUUACAAAAUUAUUUUUAUAAGGUGCAAGUUGUUUUUAUUUAUUUACAAUACAUGUAAUACCAUGUAUAUUUAUACGUCUAUUUCAUCUAUGUUUGUGAAGCUUGUUACGUGUACUUGCAAUCAUUACAGUGAGAAUAUUAAUCCACAACAUCGUGAUCACCUUGGUUCUAAAGCAUUUUCUUGUAGAGCUUUUUAUCCAAGUCUUAAACCAAGUGGCCCAUCAUGGAGUAGGAUAGGUAGUUAUGAUGGUUACUUAAUUACUGGAUGGAUGGACACAAGCCUGCAUAUUAUUAGUGUUGGCCAUUCAUACAGCUGGGUAGAACAUUCAGUUCAAUCACAGAAUUAACAUUGAAGUUUAGUUACAGGUGUACAUAUGUGAAUACUUAAUUCCAUAUUUUGGAAAUAUUUUCCAUAUACCUAUAUAUAUGUUAAUGUUAAAUUUGUGCAAAUCUGACAAUGAUUUCCCCCAAAAAGUUACCAGAUCGGUUGAUAUCAUUUCUAUGUUCACAAAAGUUAACUCCUCAAAGGGUGAAGGAAUUCACACUGGGUUGGGAAGGUGCCCCCGGCCCUGUUUGGCAUCAAAAGUAAUUAAUUAAUCUUAAAUUGUCACAGCAUUCCGGGAAAAUACAGAGUCAACUUUUAGUAAUAUAUAUGUUACUGGUCACCAAGCUAUUGGUAAGGCUUUGGAGAUAUAACUCUCAACCAUUUGGUGUAACAAUUGGAUACAAACACUUUCAUAUACACAGAGAUAUAUCCCAGCAUUUGUGGAAUUCCAGGGUGUAACAAUGGAUAGAUUUAGUUAAAGGUGAUCCUUAGCUAUAUUUCAACACCUUUACUGAUUAUAAAUAGAAAGCUUAACCUUCCCCAGCAAAACAAGUUUACACAAGACCACGAUACGCAUUAUGGUGAUUGUUGUUAAUAUAAAUCAAUAUUUAUCUUAAUUUCACUACUAUAAUUCUAUAUGUUGUAAUAGACAUAAAGAACUUUAUUUUCUCUUUUCAUUUUUUUUUUUUUUUUGUAAUUUUUAUAUCAAUACUCAAAACAUUUUUGAAAGUAAGCCUGCUCUGGUGAGAAUAAGCUUACUCUGGUGAGAAUAAGUUUACUCUGAUGAGAAUAAGCUUACUCUGGUAAGAAUAAGCUUCUAUGGUGAGAAUAAGCUUACUAUGGUGAGAAUAAGCUUACUCUGUUGAGAAUAAGCUUACUCUGAUGAGAAUAAGCUUACUCUGGUGAGAAUAAGCUUACUCUGGUGAGAAUAAGCUUCUAUGGUGAGAAUAAGCUUACUAUGGUGAGAAUAAGCUUACUCUGUUGAGAAUAAGCUUACUCUGUUGAGAUUAAGCUUACUCUGGUGAGAAUAAGCUUACUCUGGUGAGAAUAAGCUUUCUCUAAUGAGAGUAUUAAGGUGUUUGUAAGCUAUACUCUUGUUUUACAUAGAAAAAAAGGAAAACAAAGAACAUUUUUUACGCAGAUCUCUUUAUGUCUGUCUAUAGUAUUAAUGAAGCUUCUAUUUUAAUACUCAUUUACAGUACUCGGACGGGUCUUGGUUUGUAACCUGGAUCUGACAUCUCCAUCUCCUUUGUGUGUUUAGAUUGGCUUUACUCAUAUACCUUUUAGUACUUAGAAAAAAACUGCAAGAAUUGCAAUAUUGUGGGAAGUCAAAUCUACCUCUGGAUGAGAAAGUGAAGAUAUUACAUUUUGUAGCAUACUGGGCUGGUGAAAUGUAGUUCUUACAUUGAAGCUUGUGGGGUCACAGUAGAGAGAUCGACUUUAUAACUACAUCAGAAUUGACAGCUAUACAUGUAUAUUGGUUUGUAUAUGUUUAUAAGACAUUUUACAUUUGUGUUCUCAGAUUUCUUUUACUUUUCAGUUCCUCACAUAUUGUGUACCUGUAAAUCUAGUUUGUUCCUAUGUCCAGUGUACUAGUUAGUGUACUAGUUAACAUUGCUUGGGGAAUUUAUCACUAACCAGUGAUCAAAUGUGGUGCUUAAAAAUGUCAUCUAGCAUCUGUGACCUACAAACUGGCCCAAUAUAUGUCAUUUAUUUGACAAACACCCAUGACAACUUCAAGCUGAUGGCCAAGUACUCAUUCAAGGCUUCAACAUUAGACCUCAUUGAUUUUGAAAGUGGAUUAACUAAUCUUCCUCUAGUGAACCAUGUUUUAAAAAAAUGUUGGUGUAUAGGAUUUUGGAUCUGAAGAAGUUGUUUUAAAUGCAUUUGACACAUGUGAUGUUUGAGGGAUUUCUAUAGCACUCUUCUUGACUAUGGCUGCCAUCCAUUAAUUAGAACUCCAGAAAUUUCAGUUCUAAGAAAAAUGUCUGAGGAACUGAAAAGUAAAAGAAAUCUGAGAACACAAAAUGUCACAAUUUGUCUUAUAUUAUCCCAGUUAUGUACUUAAUAUACAGAAAUCCUUAAAUGUUGCCUUUUAUCCUAGUCUGGUCAACCUGUGAUGGAUACAUCUUUAUAUAAUUUUGAUAUAUAUUAUAUUUCUCUCUUCUUUCUGGUCUAUUUGAAGUUUGAACUGAGAAGAAAACGAAUCAAAUUAUUUUAAAGGUACAUGCUUAUAUAUAAGUUCAUAUGCUACUCUUGCUAUAUAUCUAAAAUGCACAUGUCACUUAUCUCCCUUGAAUUUUAAUUGAAUAUUUUUUUACAUUUAACUUAUUAUAAGAUUAUCUAGUUAUGUCAAAACUUGAUAAAUAUGCUACUUGGUGAAUGAAACAUGUAAAAUGUCAUAUACUUGUCUUGUAAUGAUUUUUUUUCUGAAUUGUAGAACUAUUUGAAAUGGAUAUAUCCAUUUGUUUAUUAUCCUGGAAAGGAAGUUUAGAAGGCACAUGUUCAAAAAAGAAAUACACAGCCUUAAUAAGAUCAAUUCCUUGUGUAGCUUUGAAAAAUUUAAAACAUUAUAGCACACCAAAAUUUACACAAGCCACAGAAAAAUAAUACUGAAAACUGUUUUUUUUUUUUCACUUAAGGCAGUAUGUGACUUGUAAAUAUUUAAAUGGCAUCAGCUUCCCAGUGUGCAAAGACAUUGAAAUUUCAAGAAUAUAUAUCUUGUUGAAACUGUUUGGAAAACUUUUUGGAGUUGCCAAUUUGACUGAAUUUAAUUGAUGCAAAUUUGUCAUACCAUGAAAUAUUUGACUGAAUUUAACUAUGCAAAUUUGUCAUACCAUAUAAUUGACGCAAAUUUUGUCAUGCUAUUAACUAUAUUUAAUUGUUGAAAAAUCACAAAUUUUAGUGUGAUUUUCUAUUCUUUUGGAGUGUUUUAACCAUAUUCUAAAGCCUAUUCUAGUCUGUGAUGAUUAUUUACGAUAGUGUUAACGUUUUUACCUGUCCUAUAACACCUAACGUGUGUACAUGUGUGUUUGGCUUUUAUAAUCACGGUUUGUUGUUUCUGUCAUGGACAGGUCCACUAAAUAGCUUUCUUGUUUGUUGUUAUCAUGUGUGUUUGUCACUUUGUGGAUUUAUAAAUAUAUAUUUGUAAUCAA